CAGUUUCGCGGGACCGUGCCGAGAUUCGAGACGUGUGUGUGGCUCGCAGCCUCCCUCAUCUGUGUACCAAAGUGAAUUAUUAUUCAGGGUGUUUCUUGGACGCGGAGCCACGUGCAUGCUGCUGACUUAGCCACAAACGGCACCCCACAUGGAGAUCGACUACCAGGCCGCCAGCCACUUGAUGAGUUUCAGGCAGGCGGGUGGCAUGAUGGAGGGCGCGUCGAAUCCGCUGCUGUCGCCAGCGGGCCAGCGGCUGCACCACCACCACCAGCAACAGCACCAGGCCGCGCAGAGCAUGCACCACAGUGCCAUGGCCGCUGGUGACCUCAACACGGCGGCCAUGCUGCUGGCCGGGGGCGGCUCGCCCCUGCAGCACCACCAGCAGCAGCACCACAUGGUGGGCGCCCAGGCCGCGGCCGCCGCGCUCAAGAAGCCGCAGGACGACCACAUCAAGCGGCCGAUGAACGCCUUCAUGGUCUGGUCGCGCAUGCAGCGCCGCAAGAUCGCCCAGGACAACCCCAAAAUGCACAACUCUGAGAUCAGCAAGCGAUUAGGUGCCGAGUGGAAGUUGCUGACCGAAGACGAGAAGCGUCCUUUCAUCGACGAAGCCAAACGUUUGCGCGCCUUGCACAUGAAGGAGCACCCAGACUACAAGUACCGUCCGAGACGCAAGCCGAAGACCCUGCGUAAGGAAGGCUACCCGUACUCGAUUCCUUACCCGUCGGUCCCGAGCAUGGAGGCUUUGCGCGCCGGCAUGGGAAGUCAGGUGCCAACUCAGUACUAUCCUGCGUACAGCUCACUGAGCAUGGCAGCCAUGGCUGCCGCACAGCAGUCGGCCAUCCAAGGACAGGUUAUGCCAUCAAUGGAUGCAGCAAUGAAGUACUCCCUGGACGCGGACAAGUACCGCAACUCGUACCCCAGCCUGUCCUCAAUGUCUGCAAUGUACAACGCGGCCGUGUCCGCCAGCAACCCUCAGACAACGAGUCCCGGCGGCUCCGGGGGUAGCGAUUCGCCCUCGAUCAGCACCUCGGCCAGCAGCGGUGCGGCCAAGAGCCCUAUCGAGGGCAGUUCGGCGUUCCAGCAGAAGAUGCCCAACUACCUGGACCCGCUGGCCCGCAACUACCUGGACCCCAAGGCCUACUUCGACUCGUCCAAACUGUACAGUCUGCAGGACCGCUUCCCCGGCUCGGAGCGGCCGCGCUUCGACUCGAUGCCCAAGUACUCGCCCUCGGCCGAGGGCAGCACCGGCAGCCGCUCCCCCAACACCCCCGAGGCCAAGCCGGACGACAGCUCUCCGCCCCCGGGAGGCAUCCUGCCCUACUACCCCCACCCCCAGGGCCUGCUGCCCAUGAGCCAGUACGCGGCCGUCGUCGCAGGCCACCACUACAAACUGGCCGCCGCGGCCGCCGGCUCCGGAGGGGGAGGCUCCAUUCCCAGCUCGGCGCCCUCAGCCACUCCCCCGAGCGGCUCUCCAGCCACCACUGCCGCCGGGACGGACCUUAGGCGACCUUUGACCGUGAUAUUCUAGAGGAGGACCACAUUUGCACCUUUUCUCUUUCUCUCGGGGAAAAGUGAUCUGAUUUAGUUUCGCAAAUUGCUCAUUUAAGUAGAUGACCCCUAUCGCGAAAAUCGAAUGGUGAUGUUUAGUGGUUAAGCGCGGUGGAGACAAUUAUAUUAUAUCGAAGCAAAUCUCUCAAGACAAGGAAGGAAGACUUUUUUCUGAAUGUAAUACAAAUUAUAAUGACAAAAUGAUCUCACGAAAAUGGUUUAAAUUAUUAAUACUCGCUGUUAGAGUAGACGUAAUUAAUUUUUCUGAGACAGUUUUUUGUUUGAUUCCGUCUUUAUGCAGAUGGUCCGUACUUAAGUAAAUGAUAAUUAUGUGUUAUGGACAAUGUUCUCACCUGAAAUCUUAGAAAAUCUGUGUAAGAAAAAUAGAUGGAAGAUCAGUUAUCGGAUAAUUAUUGUGAGUAUAGGUGUAUUUAAGGAACGCUAUAUAAUAAAUUGUUGUAAAUUAAUUUACCAUUGAAGAAAAAUAAAAACUGUUAGAAAAACGCUAUGCCACUUUGGACGAUGUGUGACAAAAGAACUGUGCAUAUUAUAUC